AUGCAGCGCUGGGCCACGGCCGCCGCACCGCAUCACGACGAGGAUGAGCCACGUCAGCAACAGCCACGUCAGCAGCAGCAGCAGCAGCGGUUCAGCGACUCGAACGAGCCUCUGUUCAGCGUGGAGGUGCUUAAAGCCCACGCGGCGCUGGGCCAUGGGCGCAUCACGUGCAGCGCCGCGGGCAACUCCGUGGUUGCCGUAGGGACUUCUGACGGCUGGCUCGUGCGAUACGACUUUCUGAAUGAUGAGCUGGCAGAGAUCAACCUAGCGUCUUACAUCCCCCCAGACUCUUCCUCCUCCUCCUCCACCACCUCCUCGUACCCAUCUGCAACCCCCAUCAACGGGUCCUACCGCAUACACCGCGCGCGGCAUGUGGCACGGCAUCGCAUGGCAAUCGGGGCUGUGGCUGCUGUGGCGUGGCAGCCUGCUCCCAUGGCACAUGAUGGCAGCACGCGGGAGAUCAUUCUCGCCACGGAGGGCGGGCGGCUCUACGAGGCGGCGUUCGAGGAAGCAGACAAGCGAGACCGCCCGCUGAAGCUGCUCUUCGAAUUGCCCGACGCUGAAAAGUGCCCCUUUCGGGGCAUCCAGAUGGAAGUGCUGGGAUUACACGGGGGAGGCUCAUCAGGGGGAGGUUUUUCUGCAGGGGGAGGAGGAGCCGGGGGAGGUACAACUGCGCCAGGCGCAUCAUCUCAGCGCUUCUUCGUCCUGGCCGCCACAGCCACUCGCCUCCUUGCCUUUGUCGGCUCCACGUCUCUCGAGGCCACCUUUGCACCCUUCUCAUCUCAAAUGCCCAAGUUUAUCGAGCUGCCCGCAUCAUCCCCCCUCAUACCAAGCUCGCUGCACUUCUUUGGUCGCCAGCAGCGGUACGCAGAGCGGUUUGCAUGGAUGGCGGGGCCUGGCGUGCUCUUCGGCCACCUCAACCUCAACGCCACGUCCUCCAGCGCAAGUCCCUGCUGCCCUUCGCCAAGCUGCUCCCAGCACUGUCUGUCUGUGUGUGCCCCACAGGGACACCCUCAUCUCCCUGUCUCCUGCCCUCUCCCCGCCCUCUCCCACCCUCGCCCCUUCCCCCCCCCCUCCAGCUCCUCAUCAGAGCCCCCCAUCCAGCGCAAGUCUCUGCUGCCCUUCGCCAAGCUUCUCCCAGCCGGUCCCAUUAGCAGCGCAGAUGACACUGACGACAGUGCUGGUGCUGCUGCCGGUGCGGCUGCGGUGGAGCAUCCGACGGCAAUGGCAGUGUCUGAGUUCCACCUGCUGCUGCUCUACAGCGAUCACAUCAAGGUGGCUGGGGCGGGUGUGGCGGCGGAGGAAUUGGAGGGAGGGUGGGUGCGUGAGAAGGUACACCUGCCUUGCCCUCCUCCCCCUUUCCCUCAUGUUUCUGUGCUCAUGAAGAAGGGCAGCAGUAGGCAAGAUCAUGAACCUAGUGAGCGAGGCGCCUGCCUUGCCCUCCCCCUUUUGAGGCGCCUCAAAAGACACCUGCCUGCCCCUCCCCCUUUCCUCAUAUUGUUGAGUCGACUCAAAAGUCACCUCGCAUGUCUCUCCCCUCUCCCAAACAUCAUGAACCAAGCGAGCGAGGCUCUGGUGGAUCAACUCCCCUUCCACGCAAACACGCACUUUCCUCUUCCUGUGCUUCCCCCGGGCCCCCACCCACUCAUCCACCUCCCAUGCUCUACCAACCUUCUCCCUGCCUGUCAACAGAUUGUCAACCAAGUGAGCGAGGUGCUGGUGGAUCAGCUGCCCUUUCAUGCCACCGCUCUGGAGAUGGCGCCAGGUGGCAUGCUCGGAUUGGUUGCUGACGAGGUUGCCUCAGCCUACUAUGCAUUCUGCUCCAACAACAUAUACGAGAUUGCUGUGUGCGACGAGGGCAGGGCCAUGUGGCAGGUGUAUCUGGACAGGCACGACUACGCCAUGGCCCUCUCCUUCUGCCGCACACCGCUCCAACGCGACCGGGUAUAUGCAGCCCAGGCAGAGUCAGCGUUCAAGGAUGGGGACUAUGAAAGAGCCGCCACCUUCUUUGCUCGGACGGCCCACCAGGUGCCAUUUGAAGAGGUGGCGCUCAAAUUCGUGGAGGCAGGGCAGCAGGACGCCCUGAGGAGCUUCCUACUGCACAAGCUGGACCACCUACCGAAGCAGGAGCGUGCGCAGAUGACCAUGGUGGCCACGUGGGCUUCAGAACUGUACCUUGACAAGAUCAACCGGUUGUUGCUGCAACUGCCACCUGACUUUGAGAAGCACGAUUCGAUAGCUACCAAGUCCGAGUCCAGUUCUGCUGCUGCUGCUGCUGCUGCUGCUGCUGCUGCUGCUGCUGCUGCUGCUGCUGCUGGUGCUUCUGGUGCUGCUGGUGCUGCUGGUGCUGCUGGUGCUUCUGGUGCUGCUGGUGCUGCUGGGGAAGGAAGCAGGACAGGAGUGGAAGGAUCAAGGACGGGAGGUUCGAAGGAGGGUUCAGGAGUGGAAGGGUUGAGAGAGGAGUAUAGAAGGGUGGUGGCGGCGUUCAGAGCGUUCCUCAGUGACUGCAAGGACGUGCUGAAUGAAGCCACCACUGUAAAGCUGCUCGCCAGCUAUGGUCGGGAGGAGGAGCUGGUGUACUUUGCAGGACUGAAGCAGCGGCACGAGACAGUCAUCGAACACUUUAUUCGGGUAUCGCCCUCUGUCACAUCUGUUCUCUCUGCCAGACCUCCCCUCUUGCCCCUCACGCAUGGGCCCACCCCCCUCCCUCCCUGCCAGUACAAGUUCUCACCAGCCCUCGUGCUCCUCGCUCCUUCCAGCACUGUUGACCUCUGGAUCAUGUCUGCGUCUGCUGCUUCUCGUGUCCUUCCCCUUCUGUCCCCCCUUCCACUCCUUGCCCUUUCGUUCCCUCCCCCUCCUUCCCAGUACAAGUUCUCACCAGCACUCGUGCUCCUGGCUCCUUCCAGCACUGUUGACCUCUGGAUCAUGUCUGCCUCUGCUGCCUCCGCUCCUGCUUCUGCUACUCCUUCUUCUGCCGGUGCUGCUGCCGCUGCAUCUGCUGCGGCAGGGUUCGAUCCUCGUCGGCUUAUCCCAGCAAUCAUGCGUUGUGCUACUGCCUCUAGUGGUGCUGCUACGGCUGCCACUGUUACCAGCUACCAGCCAAAUGAAGCCAUCCGCUUUUUGGAGUUUUGUGUGCACAGGCUGGGAUCCAGAGAUCCUGCCAUCCACAACCUGCUGCUCUCUCUCUAUGCUGACCAGAUGGAGCAUGUGUUGGAGUUGAAGCGGCAGCUGCUGGGAGUGCUGGAGACCCCGAGGAGGGGUGGCAAGCAACGAGGCGCAGGAGGAGGAAUAGGAGGAGCAGGAGUAGAGGGAGACAGUGACGUGGUGGACCUUCAUGCGGGACUAUCGUCAAUUGAUAAGGUGCGGAUGCAGCUGGAUGAAGCAAUUGCCGGUGAAUGCCCUUUCUGCGGUUCACUGAUGGUGGCUAGCACAUCUGAGCCGUUGAUCGCUGCUCAUGAAGGAAAUGUGCUAGAUGCAUGGAGCAUUUGA